AUGGAGAGUCUCUACCAGACAUUAUUCUCCGUUCUUGUCAACCACUGGUCGACAUGUCUUAUUGGGGCUGUGUUGUUGGCCGUUGGGCUUUCAAGGCUUACAAGCCCCUUGGCUCAUUUACCGGGCCCUGAAAUCUCCAAAUGGACCAGUGCGGUGUACGCGUAUCAUUAUUUGAAUGGGAGAAUCCCACAAUAUAUCCAUAGCCUUCAUGAAGAAUAUGGUCCUAUUGUACGGGUCGCCCCUGACCAUGUUGACGUCUGCGACACCGAGGCUGUGAAAGAAAUUCACAGAACAAACACUCGCUUUCUCAAAACAGAUUUCUACCGCAAACUUGUUGCGGGUGCUGCGCACAAUGUCUUCAGCACGACAGAUCCCAAGUUCCAUGCUCAACACCGACGUCUGUUGGCAACCCCUAUAUCGGACUCAUCUCUCAGUCGACUUGAGCCUUUGAUAGCCAGUAGGGUGCAUCUGACUGUCAGCAAAAUUGCUGCAGAGAUAGAGUCUCGCGGGGCAGCGGAUGUGUUCAAGUGGUGGCUCUUCAUGGCAACUGAUAUCAUUGGCGAGCUCAGCUUCGGAGAAUCAUUUGGAAUGCUAGAGUCUGGAAAGAAGAACCAAUACAGUCUCGACAUGGAAAAUCUGUCAUCCUCUGGCGCAAUUCGAGUCACAUUCCCAAGUUUGAUCAAGAUCGCAAGCUAUGUGCCGCUGCCAAUUUUCAAAGCACCCGCAGAGUCAGGGAAGCGUCUGGGCAUGUAUUCGGCGCAGUGCGUUCGAAAGUAUCAAGAAAGUCUCGCCCAAAAUCCAUCUGGUGCGAAACCGACCUUAUUCACCAAGCUGUUUGACACGGAAAAGAGCGGAAUGUCGUUCUCGGAUAUCCGACAGGAGGCACAGGCCUACAUUGUUGCAGGAAGCGAUACCACUGCCGUGUCACUGACUUAUCUCACCUACCAGGUUUGCAAGAACCGUCGCGUGCAGGAAAAGCUUGUUGCCGAGUUGGCAAAUGUCCCCGAGCCCGUCACUGACAGAACCCUCCGAGAUCUGCCCUAUCUCAAUCAAGUCAUCAGCGAAACUUUGCGUCUGUACUCGGCUGUUCCCGCGGGGCUGCCCAGACUCGUGCCAGAGGGAGGCGCCUCGUUCAAUGGAUUCCAUGUGCCUGGCGGAAUCACGAUCGCGACUCAGUCUUAUAGUCUCCACCGUGAUCCUGCAAUCUUCCCCGACCCUAACAGCUUCCAUCCGGAGAGAUGGGAAACAACUACCAAAGAGAUGAAAGAUGCCUCGCUGGCGUUUGGCGGGGGCUCAAGAGUUUGCCUGGGAAUUCACCUUGCACGCAUGGAGCUCCGUUUGGCCACUUCUCUGUUUUUCCGAGCAUUGCCCAAUUCACGGGUCUCAUCAAAAGAGGGCAUGUCACCGAGUGACAUGGAGAUGUCAUCCACCUUCUUGAUGGCUCCCAAGGGGCACCGUUGUCUUAUCGAGGUUUGA